GCUCGGCGGUUACCCCUCUCCUCACGUCGCUCUCUUCCAUUCUACCUCGCACACCAUGUCGGGUCGCGGCAAGACCGGAGGCAAGGCCCGCGCCAAGGCCAAGUCGCGCUCCUCGCGCGCCGGCCUCCAGUUCCCAGUAGGCCGCGUGCACCGGCUGCUCCGGAAGGGCCACUACGCCGAGCGCGUGGGCGCAGGCGCGCCCGUGUACCUGGCGGCCGUGCUCGAGUACCUCACCGCCGAGAUCCUGGAGCUGGCGGGCAACGCGGCCCGGGACAACAAGAAGACGCGCAUCAUCCCGCGCCACCUGCAGCUGGCCAUCCGCAACGACGAGGAGCUCAACAAGCUGCUGGGCGGCGUGACGAUCGCGCAGGGCGGCGUCCUGCCCAACAUCCAGGCCGUGCUGCUGCCCAAGAAGACCAGCGCCACCGUGGGGCCCAAGACGCCGGCGGGCGGCAAGAAGGCCACCCAGGCCUCCCAGGAGUACUGAGGGGGCUCGCGCCGCGGCCGCCCAGCCCUCCCCACUCCUCCACAAAGGCCCUUUUAAGGGCCACCACAUCCCUCACAGAAAGAGCUGAGCCACUUCGGGCUGCGGCCCGGGCCGCCGCCUCCCCCCUUCGCUCCCUCGCGCGCCUCCGCCUCCCCUUCCCCGCGUCUCCGGGUCAGCCGCGGAGGUCGCCGCUGCCCGGGCCCAUCCCGCAGCUGGGAGACGGCCUCGCCGACCUCGGUCGGGCCGCGCGGAGAGGCUGCGGCGGGAGGAGGCCCGGCCUCUCGCCGGGACGGGCGGCCGAGGUGGGCUGGAAGGUGAGUCCCUCCGCGGCUGCAGCCAGGACGUCGUUUCUCCAGCUCGGUGCUUAGCUCUCGCCUGGACGCUCCAGAGCUGACCUGCUUCCCAGGCUUCGGCCGCUGUGGUGGGGCCGGGACAAUCCUAUGAGCCGGUUUUCUCCAGGGUGCGUCCUGGCAAGGGUCUGGGAGACGCUCGCAGGCCUGUGGACAGAAGUUGUGUUCCUGCCGCAGGAGACUGGCAGCCGGGCCUAGGCAUCUCCUUUCCUCCCCAGCGACUCGACCACCCAAACACCUAGAUACCAGCACAAGUCGGUGAAUCCCUGUCUGGACUGAGCCUCUGUUGGCUUCUGAACUGGAAUUUUGCAGCCUAUGCCAAGACUAGAACCUUAGGUAGUGGGGAGUUUCAAUGGGCUAAUUUUAUUAAAGGAUUGUUUGGUUUUUUAA